AUGGCUAGUAUUAAAUAUGGUUUAGAAGACCAGGUCGUGUUAAUCACUGGCGGAUCUCAGGGCUUAGGUAAGCAGUUUGCAAAGAAGUAUUACAAUGAGAGUGUUAGGUCCAAAGUUGUGAUCGUCAGCAGAGGUGUUGAAAAGUUACGUAACGCUAUACAAGAAGUUACAGAUGGCGAAGUGAGCCCACGUCCACUGACAAAGACAGACAUAUGGUCUGGGAAGGAUCGAAUUGCUUAUGUGCCCUGCGACCUGUCAGAUUACAGCUCAGUAUCGCAGCUGUUCGAGAUUCUGAAAGCCAACGAUAUCGUUCCAACACAGUUUUUAGCGUGCGCAGGUGGCUCAACACCCAAAUUGUUCAAGGAUCUCACUGGUGAGCAGCUGGAAGCUGGCGUAAAGAUGAACUACUUCACCGCCCUGUUCCUAUCUCAUAAAGUAGCUCAAUUGUAUCCCUACAGCCAUCUUAUACUGUUCUCAAGUGAGACUGCAUUCUUCCCGUUCAUUGGAUAUGCCCAGUAUGCUCCUUCGAAGGAGGGGAUCAAGGCUCUUGUCAGUAUUUUGAGACAGGAACUGUCACAUACGAGGGUAUCAUGCGUCUAUCCUGGAAACUUCGAGAGUGAAGGCUUCGCUCUAGAAGAACUUGAGAAACCAGCAAUUACCAAGAAGAUUGAAGGUCCAUCGGAGCCUAUUUCAUGCGAAGAGUGCUGUAAUCGGAUCGUCCGUCGGCUGUCGCAGGGCUACGACGACAUUACGGUAGAUUUGGUCGGUUGGUUCCUCAUGAGCACAGAUAUGGGGCUAAACAAGCAUGACAACUACUCGUUCCUAUGGUUUUUACAGUUGAUUCUAGGGACACUGUCCAACCUUUUUAUUGUGCCAAUAUUCAUGCUCAUGUGUCGCUACGACAUAAACAAAUGGCACAGGAAUCAAAAGAAUCCUUUCCAGAGAAAGUGA